AUGGCCGAGACGUCUCCGAUUACCCAGCGCCAACGACAGCGAAAGUUCCACCGCAGGUCGAGAAACGGUUGUUCCACAUGCAAGGCCAAGCAUAUCCGAUGCGACGAGAGAAAACCACUUUGUACAUACUGUCUUCGACAUGGUGGAGAAUGUGGCUAUCCAGAUGGGGAUACUGGAUCCAAUGCUACCGAGCCCGGGCGCGGAUCCGUAUCUCGAGAUGGAUCUAGAGAGCCUCGUGAAUCUACCGAACCUUGUCUACACUUAACGGACGCUACCCCGUCGGACCCGUUCUUGGGCACGUCGUACGACAUGCCCCACAGAUCGCGAUCAUUAUUCCAACUUUUCACGAAUACUAAGGUAUUAUACACAACGCGCGUCGAAAGAAAUGCCAAUUCAUUCAUCGUACACAAGGCCUUGUCGCAUCCCGGAUUCCUCCAUGCGGCGUUGCUAAUGACAGCCCUGCACUGGGCGUGGUCCACCGGCGAUGUUGAACAUUUUCGAGUCCCUUACCUUUACCAUAAACUUCAAGCGAUACGAUUUGUCACAGAUCAGCUGAGGAAUCCAGACGCAGCCGUCCAUGAUGGGACAAUUGCAGCCGUCUCGAGCCUCGCUCUGGUCGAGAACGCCUUGGAGUCCGUCGAUGCUGUAUCAUCACAUUUACGCGGCCUCGCGAAAAUUAAAGAGUUACAACACGAGGAUAGAUGCCUCACCAAGAUUGGUUUACUUCAACGAAUGAUCCUAAUGGCAGCAAAGAGCGUUUCUAGUCGCCCUGUCUGGGACAUCCUUGACAUAUGUCGAACAGACCUCGUACAUCAAUCUGUGAUAAUAUCGCUGCUUCGGGUUGCACUUCGACCAAUUUAUAAUCUGAACAUAUUAGGCAGCUGGCGUGAUUCGGAUGAGCCACUCUCCGAAAUGCUGGGGAGAAAAGCACCAGCGCCCCAUUCUCGGACAAGCGACGGCAAUGUCCUACCGCCUCUCAAAUCAGUAGAUUCCAGCCGGUCAGGAUUUAUAGCGUGUUACUUUUACAUCUACGUGAUAAUGCGUGAAGGCGUGGUCGACUCCUUCAUGUUAAAUUGGUUUGUUGAGCAAUUGCUCGCGGAUGUCUGUCGUACUGAAGAACCUAUGCAAAAGGGAGAAUAUAGCUCGUCGCUCUGGUUUUGGUCCGUCAUGUUCGGAGCUUGCGCCACAAUGGCUGCCAAGACUAGUGAUGAGCUUGAAAGGAGUCAGAUGAAAGUGGCUCGGGACGUCUACUUAGAUAAAAUCAACCUAGCAAGCCAAGUGCUCAAGAUAAGAAAUUGGGAAUCCGCCAAGUCGACGCUGAGGUCAUUCGCUUGGGAAGAUGACUUUGAUGGGGAGAUGGAACUGAAGGCUGUCUGGGAAGAAGCGGUCUGGAAAGGCGAUGGAAGGCGAUCCAAAUCGUGCAGUGCAGAGAUAGUCGAUGAUCAUAAUGCCGAACAUUGCUGGUAG